GACCCGACACUUACGCCGCUGCCUCGGAAUUCAUCCGGGAGAUGUUCGAGUCCAUGAACAGGGGAACGGAAAACACCAUAUACUCCCACUUCACCUGCGCCACCGAUACUGAGAACAUUCAGUUUGUGUUCGAUGUCAUCACGGAUGUCCUCAUCCAACGCAAUUUCAAAGAAGUCGGUCUGAUGUAA